GCUUGGAGCGCUUCCAGCUCUAGCCCACUUUCGGCUGCGGGGCUCCAACUUCGGGCAGUUUGUUUGUUUUUCAGGGUUGCCUUCGCGAGCGAGCGAGGGGAAGGGAAGGGGUUGCUGGCUGCCGCUUCCCACCCAAGGGGAAGAGGCGCGCAGAGGGUCUCCGUAGCCGUUUGCAGGAGCUUCGGCGAGAAGAGCCUCGUGGGGGGCAGCACCCAGACCCCUUGGGACGAGAGCCGUGCCUCUGACGACCAUGCAGCGACUCGCCCCGCUCGUCUGGCUGGCUCUGGUGCUCCUGGCAAGCUAUUGCAGAGGGCAAGGGGAAGAUCUCAGUUUGAGCGAUGCACUACCUGAUACUGAACCUACAAAGAAGCCAGCUACAGGACCCAAAAAAACAACACCGGAUAAUGGCUUCAAUUUAGAGGAUGCUGUUGGAGGUGAGGAUGAACCCAGUCCACCCCAGCAUCCUGGAGGUCAUGGCAACAAAGGAGAAGGGUUUGAUGAUUCUGACUUACUUGGUGAUUCGACAUUGCCUCCAGAAAAGCCAGGAGGCCGUGCAUCUAAUCCAUCUGCAGGUGGACAGGGCUCAGAUUCCAACACUGGUGAAAAUACAGAAGGAGGUGGAAUGCUAGCUGGCAUUAUAAGCUCAGUAGCAGUAGCAGUAGUUGGGGCUGUCUCGAGCUUUAUAGCUUACCAGAAGAAAAAGCUCUGCUUUAAAGCCAGUGAUCAAGAGAAUGUUAAUAUGGAAAGCCAACAAGGAGCACAUGCUGAGCCACCUGUUCAACGCACUCUUUUGCAGAAAUCGUAAUGGAAUUUAGAGACAAGAGCAGCAGACUGGAUAAAAAAUGUGCAUGUUCCCCUGACAAGUACUACAUAUUGCCAGCAGCAAAACAUGGAGCUGUAAAGGAGACUUAAAAUAAUUGUGCUGAAAUGUCUUUGAGAUGGAGCAGGAUGCUUCAACAAAUCAAAAAAAACUUCUAUCAGUAGCAAACUCUGAAGCAACAGUGUUGCUGAUAAUUGGCUUUAAAACAGUUUUGUUGAAAUAGCUGUUUUUGUUUGAAUCUCAUUUCUGAUUUUGUGGUAAGAAUGUUAAAGGUGAGAUUAUUUUGAAUUGUCUUUUGAUUUUCUCCAUCAUUUGACAGGCAGGUCAUUGAGAGAGGCCUAGUGAAUGCAAUCUUAUGCAGAAUUAUUCCAGACUAUUUCGGUGAGUUUAGGCUGGAGUAACUCACAUUGGAUUGCACUAUGUUGCAAUGACUCCUUAGUGAUGCAGUGUGUGUCUGUAUGCUCUGCAUACAGACAUACGUUGAACCUCUGAUAAGGUAGAACUUCUCUGUCAGUGAUGCCACCCAAGUGCUCUUUGCCAUGUUGGUGUCCUCCAGUGCAUUGCUUUACUUUUCACCAUUGCUGAAAAUGGCUAUGGGUAUAUUUGGGAAUACCAUUUGGGGAUUGAGGACAAACCUUUUACUUGCUCCUGGUGGCCCUGAGAAUCCCCAGUUAUUGGGAAUCAACCCAGCUUCUCUUUGGCCACAUGGACACAUUCUAGAUUCUAUUUAUUGGUCACAGAGUGUUGGGAAUGGGCUUUUAAGUGAGUAGAUCCCUUUCUGGUUUUAAAGCCAUGGAAUUUUGUCUUCCUAUGCCUGGGGUCCCUAACCUUUUUGAACAUGUGAGCACAUUUGGAAUUUUGAGAGGGGAUAGUGAGUACCACACCAAAAUGGCUGCAACAGGAUGUGGUGCUGAAUAGAAUACCUCCCUCCUCAACCUCUUAAGAACUGCACACUAAGAAAAGCUCAGGGGCUUAGCAAUCCUCCUGAUCCUUCAGUGGAAGAAAACCUUUUAAUUUGAGUGAGGGCAGCCAAUAACAAGCCUAGCUUUACAGUGACCCCACCCAUUUUCUGAAAACCUCAGCAGACUCCAAGGGAAGUACUGUCAGCUGCCAUGGCCCCUACAGGCUCCACAUAGGGCAAUCUUGUCCAGUACACUAUACAGAAGGUAUUAAUUGCAUAUUGCCUUAAUAUUUGUGACUCUGAAAAGAUUUUUUUCUUAAUAAUUUUGUCUGGUGUUCGUUGAAUUUUUUAGAUAUUAGAAUGCAAAAAUAAUAAUUCUGAACAAAAUGUAUAUCUCUCCCCCGUAAUGUUGCUUUCCUCCUCCUCCUUAUCCAACUGUAUAAACUGGCUAAUUAAAAACAAAGACCUGGUCCUUUGUGUAGCCACUACUCCUGAGGCUGUAUCAUGGUGGAAUUCCAAAAUUCAUUUAGUGAAUGUCAUUCUUCAGUUGGAACCUUCCAAAAUCUUGCAUCUGUGCUAUAGGAUGUGCCUCCUUUAUUAUUCACAAGUGACCUGCUAACUGUAUUUUGUAUUCUCCAAAUUUUAUAUUCUCAUGACUUUAAUUGUUAUGGUUGUUGUGGGUUUUCCGGGCUGUAUUGCCGUGGUCUUGGCAUUGUAGUUCCUGACGUUUCGCCAGCAGCUGUGG